CGUCCGGUCACAAACACUCAAUGGUCCAAGCGCAACGGUUAAAAGCGUGAGCAAACACAUGUCGAAGCAGACUCAGAACAUUCAGACAUGGAAUGAAAGUAUGUUUGAGCGCGACUACCAGGCAGGAGGACAAACAGAGACGCGCGCUGUGCACCUUACCGCAGAAAACGCUGAUUCGCGCGGAGCUGUCCAAGGUGGAGUAGGAUGAUGGGAUGAAGCACCUGUUGCUAUGACAAUAUCUUCAAACGAGAACGAGGAUGCAAUCAACCCAUCUCUGCUCGGAAUGCUGACAUUUGGCUAAUAUUAAUGGAUUGGCCCGCAUAAGCCAUUUAAGAGCUAAAUAUUAUAUCCUAAUUAUAUGCAGAACUUUUCAGGCUUAAACCCUCGCCAUAGGUGGAUGUCGGAUGCAUUGAUUUUAAACUCUAAAUAAUCAGAAUCAUCUGUAAACCAUUAGGCUACACUUUGGUCAAUGAUUCACGAGGCUAAUCUCCACGAGUGCCCAUUUUAAUUCAACACCGUGAUAUGGAAAAAGUCAGUUGUGUUAACGAAAUGCCACGAGGUGCUGGGAGAGACGCUCGCGCUGCAGGGUUCGCGGCUCGCUGAUCUCCUCACACACUUCACGCGCGUCAAUGACGCUGGCUCCUUGGUUCAAUCUGGCGAGGCUCGGCCUGCUGACUGCCUGGCUUUACUCAUGGCUGCUGGUGGAGGGAUGCGGACCGGGUCCAGGUUACGGCACUCGCCAUAGGCAACGCAAGUUGACUCCAAUGUCUUACAAGCAGUACGUGCCCAGUGUCUCUGAGAACAACCUGGGAGCGAGCGGAAGAGCGGAGGGCAGGGUAACGCGCAGUUCGGAACGCUUCAAUGAGCUCGUGUGUAACUAUAACACUGACAUUGACUUCAAAGACGAGGAACACACCAAAGCUGACAGGUUCAUGACCAAGCGCUGUAAGGACUGCCUCAAUAAACUGGCAAUAGCAGUAAUGAACCAGUGGCCUGGGGUCCGACUGCGAGUGACGGAAGCAUGGGAUGAGGAUGGCCAUCACCCUCCUGGUUCUUUGCAUUAUGAGGGCCGUGCGGUUGACAUCACCACUUCAGACAGGGACACAAAAAAAUACGGACUACUUGCACAGUUGGCAGUUGAGGCUGGAUUUGACUGGGUGUACUAUGAAUCCAAGUACCAUGUGCACUGCUCUGUCAAAGCUGAUCACUCUGUAGCUGUAGAAAAAGGUGGCUGCUUCUCAGGAUCGGGACUUGUGACAAUGGCUGAUGGCGUGCAAAAACCUAUGUCAUUUUUGCGGCCUGGCGAGAAGGUGCUUUCCUUGUCUGAGUCAGGUGAAGUUGUUCUCAGUUGGGUACUUCUCUUUUUACAUCUGGAUAGAGAGAGCAGAACCAUGUUCUUUAUUUUUACCACUGAAAAUGGAAAACGAAUGGCGCUUACUCCCAAUCACCUCAUUUUUGCGGCUCCCAAUCUCAAACUGCACCACCAUGAGUAUGAAGCUAUGUUUGCCAAAAACGUUAGGACUGGGCACUAUAUACUUUCUACUGGAGACAACAGACGACUUCAGCCAUCUAAAGUGGUCUCAAUUUCACUGGAGGAGAUGAUGGGGGUUUAUGCUCCUUUGACAGAACAUGGGAACUUAUUUGUGGAUGGUGUGCUGGUAUCCAACUACGCUUCUGUUGAGGAUCACAGACUCGCACACUGGGCAUUUUGGCCUUUACGUGUUGUUUUUCGCUUUUUCCAGACAGUAAUGGAAGAGAACUCACAAAGAGUGGCGGUUAACAGUAGUGCCAUGUUCCUUAAUAUCUGUUCCACAGAUCAGACCUUCCUCACAAAUGUGAUGCACAAUAGUUCUUCCAGCACUUGCAAGAAAUUCCCAGAUGUCAAUGUGGAAACAGAUAAUGAACACAGCUUUUUGCAACAAAAGGAGGUUUACUGGUAUGCAAGACUUUUGCACACAUUAGGACAGAUAUUUCUUGACCCUCAGAAGUUUUACUGAUGGUCAAGACAGGGAAUAUGCAAACAUAAUGUCAACUGCAAAAACUACUGUUUUACUAGUUAAAAAAAAAAAAAAAAAAAAACUACUGACCAAAAAGGAAAUAAAACAGGCACUAUAACUGGUAUAAUUUCUCACCCCAUAUAAUGUCCAGUUACUUCUUACGCAACUUUAAAAAAUAAAUAGUUUUUCAAAUAUGACUUGUCAUAUUGAAUAAUCCCCAUAUGGACAAUUAUAGGAUUCAAAAUGUAAACAUGUAUUUUUAUGUUUGUUUUACAAGAAAAUAUUUCAAAGAGUAAUAAAUAUUUAUUUUUAUACUUUUGGAUUCAUAAUAUAUAUUUCAUGUUAAACUGUUCAUGUAGUUCUGAUUAUUUGUUAUACCAUACAGACACUGAUAAAGUUGUUGUGAUCUUAUUUUUACUUAAAGUUAUUGUAGUUUAUUGUGUUGCAAAAUAAACCUGAUCUGCUUAGAUUUUAUUCACAACAAACACAAGUUUUAUUCUCACAAAACUCGUACUGAGUACAAAAUAUCAUGUCCGUUCCCAAUAUAAAAAAAAAAAACUUUUGACAAAUCAACAUAUUACAUCAUGUCCUGUAGCUGGUAAUUUAGACGUUUUAAACAGAAAUGAGUUGUAAACAAAAUAUUGUGUUAACACAGUUUAACCAUGUCUAAUGACUGGUUCAUUUCCAAUGUCCAAAAUCAACAGCCAUGCGCUAAACAAGGAAUAACAGUCUAGCUAUUACUAAGUGCAUCACACCCCCUUCUGGACACCAAAGAAUACACCACUGUCUAUUCUGACGUGCUUAGUAUGAUUUACAAUCUUUCUGUUCUGAAAAACAGCUUCCUGGAAUUAAUAAUAAAUAAAAAAAGGGUAAUAAAU